AUGCCUGUCUUUGAAGAUAGACCGUCGUUCCUCUACGAGAUUUGGGCUCUUUAUGGUGUUGGGACGGCCAUUCUCCUUACUCGAUUCGCCGUGCGGUUCAAGACGGUCGGAUGGCAUUACCUGGGAACAAACCUCGAAGCGAGCUUCUACGCAAAAACCCACAAUUGUGUCAAGGGUUCAAAGCUGGAAUUUGUCGCCUGGUAUUCCUACACUGCUCUCAUCUGGUCGCUCAAGGGAACCAUGCUCUUCUUCUUUUCUCGAAUCACCAUCGGAACUUGGCAUAGUAUUCUUGUCAAGACGGCAUCCGUCUGUUGCGCCGUCUCCUACUUGGCCGUUUUCUUUACGGUCACGUUUGGAUGCUUUCCAACACGCAAGAACUGGCAGGUUGUUCCUGACCCCGGAGAAUCUAACUAUGGUCAGGACCGACUCUAUGAUUCUGGAAAACUCGUCAUUGGUCUCCUUCUAUCCUCCGGUCUCUUCGUCAUCUCCGCCGCCAUCAUCCGUGCAACCCUGACACUCUCAGCCCACCCAUCCGCACUGGCUGUGAACGAAUGGGGCGUCCGCGAAACACUCGUCGGCAUCAUCACUGUCAACAUUCCCAUCCUACGACCCAUGUUCAAGCGCUCAUUCUGGUCUUGGCAAAACAACACAAACAUCAGUUCCUCCUUCCGAACAACGACAGGAGCUGGCAAGUCGACAGACAUCACAGGGCCGUACGAACUCACGCCGAGUAUCGCCGAGGGAUCUAAGCCAAGCGACCGCGGAAGUCAAGAAUCCAUCUUCAAAAAGGAUAGUGUUAGAAUGGCGGCGGUUGUGGUCAAGACGACCUACGAUGUCACUCAUGGAACAGCCAUUGAUGAGGAUGAAUCGUGGUAUGGCGAACGAAGAGGGCAAACACAGGCAUCAGUACAGGUGGAAUCGCGCGUUUGA